CUUACCGCGCAUGCGCACUGCGUACGGCCUUUUCCCAGCGCUCCAGCGCCCUUACGUUUGCGCUGUGACUCUCCGGUCCUAUACUCAACGGGACAAAACACGGCGAAAUGGGGUUCGUAAAAGUUGUUAAAAACAAGGCCUACUUCAAGAGAUACCAAGUCAAGUUUCGCAGAAGGAGAGAGGGCAAGACCGAUUACUAUGCUCGCAAACGAUUGGUCAUCCAGGAUAAGAAUAAGUACAAUACUCCUAAAUACAGGAUGAUUGUGCGUGUCACCAACAGAGACAUCAUCUGCCAGAUUGCAUACGCCAGAAUCGAAGGAGACAUGAUUGUUUGUGCUGCUUAUUCUCAUGAGCUUCCUAAAUACGGCAUCAAAUGCGGCCUGACAAAUUAUGCUGCAGCUUAUUGCACAGGCCUGCUGCUGGCUCGCAGGCUCCUUAACAAAUUCGGCCUUGACAAGGUCUACGAGGGUCAGGUGGAAGUAACUGGCGACGAAUACAACGUGGAGAGCAUUGAUGGUCAACCUGGCGCCUUCACUUGCUACUUGGAUGCUGGUCUCACACGAACCACCACUGGAAACAGAGUCUUUGGUGCUCUGAAGGGGGCUGUGGAUGGAGGCUUGUCCAUUCCUCAUAGUACGAAGCGUUUUCCUGGCUACGACUCUGAAAGCAAAGAGUUCAACGCCGAGGUUCACCGCAAGCACAUUCUGGGCCAGAAUGUAGCUGAGUACAUGCAUCUUCUGAUAGAGGAAGAUGAGGACGCCUACAAAAAACAGUUCUCACGAUACAUUAAGAACGGCAUCACCCAUGACCAGGUUGAGGACUUGUACAAGAAAGCACAUGCAUCCAUCCGAGAAAAUCCAGUGCACGAAAAGAAGCCCCCGAGAGAAGUUAAAAAGAAGAGGUGGAAUCGUGCCAAAUUGUCUGUGGAACAGAGGAAAGACCGCAUUGCUCAGAAGAAAGCCAGCUUCCUCCGAGCUCAGGAGAAAGUUGCUGCAGACAGCUAAACUGGGCACUCUUCUAUUUUCUAUGGGAGUCUCAAUACAAAUAAAUAUAUUGACAUCACG